AUGGACAGAUAUGCGCCCGAGUUGUCGAUGCUUCGUUUGAAGCGACGCCGUGACGAUGACCAGCAAUGCAAUCACUAUCCGCCAUCGAAGAAGAUCGCCCAGAUUACGCUACCUCUUUCUAACUUUAUGCGACUUCCUGCGGAGCUUCGCAACCGAGUGUACAACUAUGCUACUAUUGAAGCACCUUCUCAGCUACUCGUACCGGUCGAGAGCUUCCAGCUACAACAGCAGGCCCAACGCGCUACCGGGAUAGCAAUGACACAAGUCUCUCGACAGAUCCGAUCUGAGUACCGGCCCAUGUGGCUCAGACACGCAACGUUCGUCAUCGACUGGCACUCCAUUCACGCGUUCUUACAGGCUUUCUAUCCAAAGGAGAGCGAGUAUGGCAGGGGUCCCAAGGAACUGAUCCUGCAGUACGACCAGGAACACGACUAUACGUUCAGAAAACCGACGGACAUCACACAUCUAGUACGCCUGGGCUUAGCAUUCACCGGGUUGCAGAUACGCUUCAUCAAGGGCGAGGAAAGUGACGACCAGAGCGACGCUGGGAGCACUCUCACAGAACUGGUGCAGUUUGGUUGUAUCAAUCGUGAUGACCGCCAGAAAGAUAACAACGUGGCCGCCGAAGCCAGGCGUACGUGGCGACAGGAUAUACAAGAACGAACGGUUACCAAUAUCUUCGCUACACAGAACUCUUCAGACAAUAUUCUAGUGUUCGAGUUUGUAUUCAGCACAAAAUCUGCUCUGGAGAUGAAUGUUGCUUCAUUCCAAGAUAUCGGCAAGGAGGUAGGUAUUAUGGUGUUGCUCAAAGAUUUCACAAGCACUCUACACUCAUUACCUGGCUAUAGGCUUCUGGCAACUCGUCGAUACUUUCCCAGUUGA